UAAGAACGGUUCGCCACCGACGCCCCCUUCCGAAGGCGACAACAUUCCCUGUCUCGGAUCGCAAUGCAGGGGGAUCGGAGACGCCGGAGCUAGCGCUCCCCCCCCCCCGCCUCUUGCGAUCUUCGGACGCAUAGCGCCGGUUCAGCAGUCGAAAUCGCCAUCUGAGCCCCUCCAGAUCCAGCGUGUGGGUCAAAAACAAUCCUCUUGGCCUUUCUUUGGCAACUUCCCACGGGGCGCGUGGCCUUUUGUGGAAGGUGACCGUGUUUUCGGUUUUGAUUGAUACUCGCUACCUGAGCAGACGGUGAAUUUUGGUAGCUUAAAGCGGCGAAAGAUCGGAAUUUUGGAUUCUUUUUUCUGGGUGGUUUCGGGAUUGGAAAGACAGUUGGGUCUAAAUUUUGAGUUUUAGAUGGCAAGCAUGGUUUUCUUCGACGGUAUAUGAAGUGCGUCGGGGGUCCUGAAUUGCUGCGUCGAGCUGCAUUGAGUGGAAAGGCAGACUCGUCUUGGUUUUCUCUUGAUUUUGGUUGCGAAGAAAGGAAAAAAAAGUGUAUUCUGUUUGUCGAUAAUUAGAAUGGGAGAGGAGUUGUUCUAGAGUUAUUGUUUAUGGGGGGCGGUGCAUUUUGGAUUCAGAGGAUGUGCCGGCUCGAGAGGACGAUGGGAUCUGAGUGCGGUGGAGAGAGGCAUCGCAAGCACAAGAUCGGUGGUGAGGCGAAGGCGGAGAAGCUAAAGAAUAGAUCAAAGUUGAAGCUAUGGAUGAUUCGGACGACGAGCACAGUGCUGCUCUGGACAUGCGUCCUCCAGCUCACGGCGCUGGGGGAGACAUGGGGGCCGCGUGUCUUGAAAGGUUGGCCGUCUUGCUUGAUCCCUUCAGAUUCAUCGUUCCUGGCCAAUGAAACCGCUCCCGUAGUCAAGAAGAUCGUUCUUCCCCCAAAAAGAAUCUAUAGAAAUAAUGGGUAUAUCAUGGUUUCAUGCAAUGGUGGGCUUAACCAAAUGCGAGCAGCGAUUUGUGACAUGGUUGCUAUUGCAAGAUAUUUGAAUGUGACACUCAUAGUACCAGAGUUGGAUAAAACAUCAUUUUGGGCUGAUCCUAGUGAGUUCCAAGACAUAUUUGAUGUCGAUCAUUUUAUCACUUCAUUGAGAGCUGAGGUGCGAAUACUGAAAGUGUUACCACCUAGACUGAAAAGGAGGGUUGAGCUGGGCAUGGUCUACUCUAUGCCACCUGUUAGCUGGUCAGAUCUGUCUUAUUACCAGAAUCAGAUUCUUCCCUUAAUAAAGAAGCACAAGAUUGUGCAUUUCAACAGGACAGAUGCACGGCUUGCCAAUAAUGGUCUGCCUUUGGAGAUCCAGAAGCUGCGCUGCCGAGUAAAUUAUUCUGCUUUGAGAUUCACUUCUCAGAUCGAAGAGUUGGGAAGGCUGGCAGUCAGAAUCCUGCGACAGACUGGCCCUUUUCUGGUUCUCCAUCUAAGAUACGAAAUGGAUAUGUUGGCUUUCUCCGGAUGUACUCAUGGCUGCUCCAAUGAAGAGGCAGAAGAGCUGACAAGAAUGAGGUAUGCAUAUCCAUGGUGGAAAGAGAAGGUUAUCAAUUCUGACCUGAAAAGGAAAGAUGGCCUCUGCCCCCUAACACCAGAAGAGACUGCUUUGAUAUUAAGGGCACUGGAUAUUGAUGGCAGUAUUCAGGUGUAUAUUGCUGCAGGAGAAAUAUAUGGUGGAAAAAGGAGAAUGGCAGUCCUUUCUGAUGCUUAUCCAAAUGUGGUAAGGAAGGAAAAAUUACUGGGACCCUCCCAUCUUAGAUAUUUCCAGAAUCACUCAUCUCAAAUGGCAGCACUAGAUUACAUUGUUUCUCUGGAGAGUGAUAUCUUUGUGCCUACAUAUGAUGGUAACAUGGCUAGGGUUGUUGAGGGCCAUCGCAGAUACAUGGGUUUCAAGAAGACCAUCACAUUAGAUCGAAAGCUCCUGGUUGAUCUGAUUGAUCAGUAUAGUAAUGGAACAUUAGGAUGGGAUGACUUCUCUUCCUUGGUUAAGGCAGCUCAUGCUGAUCAUAUGGGAAGGCCCACCAGGAGACUGGUCAUACCCGACAGACCAAAAGAAGAGGAUUAUUUCUACACCAAUCCCCAAGAGUGCCUCCAACAGCCUGAUGAGCCAUGGGCUUUGUGAGUUUGUUAUCAUUGUACGAAUCUCUCUUCGUCGCCAUUAUUUGGGAAACGCCACUACUCUUGUCUUUCAUCAAGGUGGUCCUUGUUGGACCACAAUUAGAAAGAUGAAGGUUUUGCUUCAAAAAAGUUUUGGUGCAUUACAAAGAUAGCACGCUGGAGUUUAUACAUGCAGCUGGUCAACAUACAUAAGAUAUCUUCAAUUCUUCAAAAUAAUACUGAUUCUUGUACAGAAAGAUGAGUUGGGAGAGGGAAGGACAAGAACAUGUUUCCUAGUAAUUUUCAGCUGCAUGGACAGCACAGGAGAGAGAGAGAGAAUAGAUAAAAAUGGUCAUCUAUCUAGGUUCAGAAUAUUCUGCAAUUUUGUUCCAUUUCUCUCUCUAGUGGUAUGUAUCAUUAAAUACAAGAACUUUAUUGAAGCAGAUGGUGUUAUAUGGUUAUGGUGAUC